AUGCUGCAGGCCAUGGCUGAGGUCGCUGUCGAAGAAGCCGCAGAAGCUGCAAAUGCUGCCAACACUAGAGCUUCAGUCCCGGUUGACAACGCCCUUCCCCAAGAUCCCCUAGCUCUCAAAUCGACAGAGCCACUCGCCAUGGCUGAGGUCGCUGUCGAAGAAGCCGCAGAAGCUGCAAAUGCUGCCAACACUAGAGCUUCAAUCCCGGUUGACAACGCCCUUCCCCAAGAUCCCCCAGCUCUCGAAUCGACAGAGCCACUCGUUCCUCCUGCUCCUCUGGCCGACAUUCCCUAG